AUGAUUGAGCGUUCUCUAGCCCUGGAUUUCGGUAUGGUGUACCAGGAUAUAGACGCCGUCUUCAAUACGACCCUUGCCUCGGAUGCUUGGGCUGGUGGAAUCCCUGGGUUAGCAGAAGAUCAGGUCACUAAAUCCUUUAUUUCCAGAAAUUUCUUUGCAUUGUACACCUUCUACGUCGCAAUUGACGAAAUGGUGGAUUUUGAGGAGUAUCCACGUCUCUCUAACGGCCAAUGUACCCUUGAAAAAAUCCAGGAAGCUGAUUUGAAGGAGCUCAUGGACAUGGAAGAUCAGCUCAACAGCCGGUACGAAUCACUCCCCACCGCUCAAGACAGAAUUCAGCCCAAUAAGUUCAGCGACUUGGUUGAAAAUCUGCGCAUUACGCUCCUCAUGCGAUGCCUCUCUUUCGUAUUCGCCUCUACCGGGACUCUUGAUUCUCGGUGUUGCUCUUUCCACAAAAUGCCCCUGUGA